UUUCAUAAUUCAAGUGGUAGUUAUAUCUUACUAUAUAGUUUCUAGCAACAAAAAAAUGGGAUCAAAAGCAUUUUUGCUAAUUGUUUUGACUAUUUUUCUCGUGAUAACCUUAGAGGUUGCCGCCAGGGAGUUCGCUCAGAGCUCCACCACUCCCCUAGAUUACGGACAGGAAAAUGAUGCAAAUGACGCCAAAUUUCUAGGAGUAGGACUUCCAGGAUUUCCAAGAGGCGGAUUUGGAGGAUUUCCAGGACAAGGAUUAGGUGGUGGCCGUGGUGGCGGAUUUGGUGGUGGAUACGGUGGCGGAUAUGGUGGUGGUAUUGGGGGUGGAUUUGGUGGUGGAUUUGGUGGUGGAUAUGGUGGUGGCCGGGGAUAUAAUGGCGGUAAUCCAAGAGGUGGAUAUGGUGGAUAUCCUAGAGGUGGUGGCUUUGGAGGAUGGCCUUGCAACUAAUUAAUUAAUUACUAUGGAAUAUUUAUGAAGAAUAUUCAUGCUACUUUUUCGCUUACUUUUUCAUGCUAUACAGUUCCGUCUUUCAGCAAAAAUAAAAUAAAAAAUCAGGGUGGCUAUUUAUAUGUUUAGUGUGUUUUAGUAGGUAGUAAUAAGUUUUGUUGUUGGAAGAAGAUUAAAUGUAUCAGAAAUGUCGAUUCACUUACUAUGGCUGGAUGGUCAUCAUGUCAUGUUUAGAUAACAAUAUCAGGGAACUUAUAAGUUUAUAUGUGUCCUUUUUCGUUUACAUGUAAUUGUCACACAAAUUGUUAAGUGAAAUCAUAGUGAGUUAUUUUUGCUGUUGUA